UUUGAGCAGAUGGGCAUGUUUUGCUUCCCAGCAGGCGGGGUGCUUCCUCUUCAUGAUCACCCUGGGAUGACUGUCUUGACCAAACUCCUUUAUGGAUUUGUUUAUGUCAAAGCUUACGAUUGGGUGAAAGUGAUGAAUUCUGGCUGCCAAACGUUUGGAUUGACAUCCAAGGCGGUAGAUGGCAUUUUCAAGGCGCCAUGUGAAGCUUUUGUCCUCUUUCCAAGAAGCGGUGGUAACAUUCAUUCUUUCACUGCGCUGACUCCUUGUGCUAUCUUGGAUGUGUUAUCUCCACCAUAUUCUGAAGAGCUUGGAAGACCUUCCACUUAUUUCUCGGACUUCCACAUCCCAUCACUGCCUGGCUAUGCUAUGCUCGAGGAAAAGGACCUACCAGACGAUCUAGACAAUCUAGUGAACAAAAAGCACAAAAAUUAUGUGUUUUAUUCUUUAGUUGGUCCUAUGGUGUGA